AUGGCUAAGAUACUUAAAUGUCCAGGUUGUGAUCGAGAAAUAAGAACUAGUAAAACUCGAAAUCUUAAUAAACACAUGAAUUUAAAUAGAAACCUUCGUAAAGGACAAUGCCAACCAGCUUUGCUUAUAAUGCAAAAUGUAGAAAACGUUACUCCAGAGCAAAAUAUACCUCAAACUAAAAAUGUUACUCCAGAAGAGGCAAAUGCACCGGCAGUCGACCCUUUAACUGAUGAUGUUCUAAAUACAGAAGCAGGAUCAAAUAACAAAAAAGAUAGUGAACCAAGUGAUUCAGAAUAUGUAGUAUUUUCCGAAAG